UGUGAAAAGGGAGUGGGACUGCAGGCGAAAGCAAGAACUUUGCCUCUGUACUUUUACCUUUUGGAUUGGGCUUUUUCCAAUAAGAGGGCGAAAUGGAAGCUGUGGCCGUCUUCGGAAGAGGAGCUCCGCCACUUCUCCGGCCGCCGACCAGAACCUUUUGCAGCUUAACCCACUCCCGGACGGCCGCCCUACGCCGUCGUGACCUUCUUUCAGCAUUCCCUUCGAAUUCCCAUCUCUUCUCCAAAAUUUCUACUCGUUCUCGUGCUUCUUCCAUUGACAAUGAAUCCUUCAUCUUUUUGCCCCAUUUGGUUGCCUCCCUGGAGCGAGUCGACCAGACUUACAUUAUGGUGAAACCUGAUGGUGUUCAACGUGGCCUUGUUGGAGAGAUAAUUUCGCGAUUUGAGAAGAAAGGGUUUAAGCUUACUGGCUUGAAACUCUUCCAAUGCUCUAAGGAUUUGGCUGAGGAACACUAUAAAGAUCUCAAGGGCAAGUCCUUUUUUCCUGGUUUAAUUGAGUACAUAACAUCAGGUCCCGUUGUGUGUAUGGCAUGGGAGGGUGUUGGUGUUGUGGCGUCAGCACGUAAGUUAAUCGGAGUUACAAAUCCUCUCGAAGCUGAGCCAGGAACAAUAAGAGGGGAUCUUGCUAUUCAAAAAGGAAGGAAUGUGAUUCAUGGGAGUGAUAGUCCUGAGAGUGGCAAGCGUGAAGUAGCUCUCUGGUUCAGAGAAGGUGAAUUGGUAGAGUGGGAGCCAGCUCUUGUACCAUGGCUGAUAGAGUGAUGGUGUCUAUGAAGCAUCCAUGUACUCAGUGAAAAUUGUGAGCAUUCUUGUCUGUAAUCUUGAAUUAUAGAAUAAGAUGUCAGCAGAGCCCUGUAAUCUUCCUCACAGAACUUUUUAUCCAAACAAAAAAGGAGAAAUCCAUUUUGAAUGUUAAGACUCCAAAGAAAUUUUCAUCA